UCGGGCGUCAUAUAUCAAAGUUUAGGCUAAAGUUCAAACUCUGUGCUCACAAUUCCACUUCUUGCUACAACUUCACUUGUUUUGUGAGCUCAUCCUAGUGUAUGUUGGUGUCGAAAGUUAUUGUGAUAGAGCUGGGAUUGGACAAAACGUAACAGUUUUUCAGAUUUAUAUUUCUGGUGUAAACAUGUUCCGGCAAAGAACGGCGAAUGUGUUCGGACAAGGACGUAUGCUGUUGCAUGGAGCAUUCGACACACAUCCGGCGAGGCUGCCACGACGGUCAACUGUUUCCGUUAUCCCUCUGUUCAACGACGUCAGAGAUCGCUCAUCCCGCAUUCUCUUCCCUCUUCAUAAGUGCGUGCGUCGGGAGUCGCAUCGAGGACUCCAGACCGGUAUUGAGCAUCGCAAGCCAAUGUUCACUGACCGCAGUCAGCUGCAGUACGCUCGCAGACUGGUCAUCAAGCUGGGGAGCGCAGUCAUCACGCGAGAGGAUGAACACGGUCUGGCCCUCGGAAGACUCGCAUCGAUUGUUGAACAGGUCGCUGAAUGUCAUCUGGAGGGCAGGGAGUGUAUCAUGGUAACUAGCGGUGCCGUGGCUUUCGGUAAACAGAAGAUGGCUCAAGAAUUGCUCAUGUCUCUUAGUAUGAGGGAGACACUGUCGCCAAAAGACCACACCAGAGAGAACACUGGGAAACUGCUUGAUGCUCGAGCAGCAGCUGCGGUCGGCCAAUCUGGCCUCAUGUCUCUGUACGAAGCCAUGUUCUCUCAAUACGGGAUCAAGAUCGCUCAGGUGCUGGUCACGAAGCCGGACUUCUACAACGAAGAGACGCGGCGAAAUCUGUUCAGCACGUUGUCGGAACUCAUAAGCCUCAAUAUCGUGCCUAUCAUCAACACAAACGAUGCAGUAACGCCUCCACCGCAGAUAGAUGAGGAAAUCGCCAAAGGUUCAAUGAAGAACCGCAUGGGAGCUAUCAGCCUCAAGGACAACGACAGCUUGGCGGCCAUGCUGGCUGCAGAAGUACAGGCGGACCUGCUGGUCCUUAUGUCUGAUGUGGACGGGAUCUAUACGAAGCCCCCUUCACAGGAAGGAGCUCGGCUUCUAUGGACCUACACUCCGGACAUGAACGAUCUUGUCAAAUUCGGCAAAAAAUCUCGCGUCGGUACAGGAGGGAUGGAUUCCAAGGUGAAGUCUGCAGCGUGGGCUCUGGAGCGAGGAGUGUGUGUUGUAGUCUGCAAUGGAAUGCAGGACAACGCAAUAAAGACCAUUCUGCGUGGCAGAAGAAUAGGGACCUUCUUCACCUACAGCGGCAGCAACGGAGGAAACGCUGCCACAGACAUUCUCGCCGAGAACGCCAGGAAUGGUAGUCGGAUUCUACAGGGAUUAGCCCCAGAAGAGCGAGCCACUUGCAUCUACACUCUGGCUGAUUUGUUACUCAGCAAGGAAAAGGAAAUCCUUGAAGCAAACGACAAGGAUUUGGCAGAGGCCACAAAGAGCGGUCUCAACAAACCACUUCUAUCCAGGUUGUCCUUAACACCUGCCAAACUGAAAAAUCUGGCUAUAGGUCUUCGUCAGAUCGCCGAAAGCAGCCACAUCAACGUGAACAGAGUUCUGCGUCGUACCAGGCUGGCGCCAGGUUUGGACCUCACGCAGGUCACAGUGCCUAUAGGAGUGUUACUGGUCAUUUUCGAGUCACGGCCUGACUGUCUGCCUCAGGUCGCCGCACUUGCUAUUAGCUCCGCCAACGGGUUGCUGCUGAAAGGAGGUAGUGAGGCGGCCCAUAGCAACAAAGCGCUAAUGGAGCUGGUAAGGCAGGCGCUAGAAGCGGUGGGCGCCGGGAACGCCAUCUCUCUUGUCUCGACACGCGAGGAGAUCAGCGACUUGCUGUCACUGGAGGGUCACAUCGACCUGAUCAUCCCGCGCGGUUCCUCGGAGCUAGUGCGUUCCAUUCAAGACCAGAGUCACCACAUUCCCGUCAUGGGUCACGCUGAGGGCAUAUGCCACGUGUAUGUGGACAACGAAGCAGACCUCGCCAAAGCUUUGAAAAUAAUUCGCGACUCAAAGUGUGACUACCCGGCAGCCUGCAAUGCCAUGGAGACACUGCUCCUGCACGAGGACCUGGUGAAGAGCGGGUCGUCGUUCUUCACUGACGUGUGCACUAUGCUCAAGAACGAAGGGGUGACAAUCUACUCGGGCCCCAGACUGGCAGAGCAACUAACGUUUGGACCGCCUCGUGCGAAGUCACUCAAAACGGAGUACAGCGGCCUUGGGUGCACUAUAGAGGUAGUGGGUGGGCUCGAGGAGGCCGUGGACCACAUCCACACUUACGGCAGCGGUCACACUGACGUCAUCGUGACACAAAAUGAGCAGAAAGCAACGUAUUUUCAGACUCAAGUGGACAGCGCAUGCGUAUUCCUUAAUGCUAGCUCAAGAUUUGCUGACGGCUACAGAUUUGGACUUGGUGCUGAAGUCGGCAUCAGUACCUCUCGUAUUCAUGCUCGAGGCCCCGUGGGUGUGGAAGGGUUGCUGACCACAAAGUGGGUGCUCAAGGGUGACGGCCAUGCUGCGUCUGACUUUGCAGAGGGCGGAUCUAUGCAGUUCAUCCACGAGUCUCUGCCCGUCAACUAAGCGACCAGCCACCCAUAGCGAAUAUUCAACUAUAAAUCAUCCACGUUUGAAAAAAUAAAAGCCAUAAAAAUCAAAUAUAAAUGUGAAAUAAAUUGAUGUACCACAUGUAGAA